AUGGGACCGUCGUGGACUCAAUUUGGCGCUCAGUUAACUAUCUGUAACAUGGAAGUUCUGCAUCUCAUCACCAGUCUGAUGAUCAUCUCCGGUACGGCCGAGCAGCGGAUUGAAGGUGUUUACGAGCCGUGUGUGGAUAAAGGGGGACGAUAUGCAGAGUAUAUCAUCCGCAUAGAAUUCAAAAUGGAUGGCUCCGUUAUCCUCACCCAUCAGAAACAAGCUCUUGACCCUAAGAGAGUUUACAAGUGUCUCUAUAGCCUUGAAGACAAGGAUAAGGAUGCUUAUAUUCGAGCUUCUUUCAAGGGGUCUGAGUGUGAUAAGCUUCUGACUAAGUCCAGGGGCAGACUCAACAAAGAUUCCCUACAUCCCUCCCUCUUGAAACCCAAGUUCGAAUACUUGUACAUGAAGCUACCUACAGCAGAUGAUUCGGCUCUGUAUAAGGAGAAACGCCAUUGGGCAUGCCCCACUUAA